AAGGUGCUAUGAAACCUCUCGUUGUCUCUUCCCCAGAUGUGCGAGAAGUUUACCGUCUGCGAGAACAGCAUGGAAAUGCUCGUCCAGAACAACCUCAACCUCCCCAAGGUGACAGAGGAGGACGGGUGUCUGCUUACCGGCUUCAAUGAGGAUAAAUGCUUGAUGAAAAUCUCCAGCGGGCUUUAUGCAUUUCAGACAUACCUUCAAUUCGUACAAGAAAGUUUUACUAGUGAAAAACAGAACAUUGAAUCACUGUGCUAUACUACAGAGCACCUGGCCCGCACCAUAAAACAGAUGGUGAUCAAUCCCGAUGAAGUUAUUAUCCCGGACUCGGCUACCCAGGAAUCCCUCCGGGCAAAGCUGAAGUCUGAUAAGACUUGGAUAGAGAAAAUCACCACCCACCUCAUCCUCCGAGACUUUACUUCAUUUAUGGAGAAAACUGUGAGGGCUGUUCGCUAUUUGAAAAACACCAGGAGUUUCAGUGUCUGAAUGUUUUAAUUCAGGCACAAUCCUUUGUUACAAAUCUGUCAUGUGGCAGAUGACAGUGUUGUUCUGUUUUAGGAACUAGAAAUAGUAACAAUGGUUUGCAUUUAGAUGCGUUCUCAUUUCCUUUUAGGAAUCUAUUUAUUAUAUUUAAAAUAUUUAUUACUUUCUAAUAUUUCCUAUUUAUAUUUUCAAUAUUUAGAAAUA